GCAUCACAAAAUCAAAAGUAGAAACGCCAAUUAAACACUCAAAUUUGAGGGAAGCCUGAAAGAUAACCAACCACACACUGCAAUCGCCGUAAGGAUGCUGAUGAUCGAACCUUCUGCCACAGCCGUCCGUUUCUCCGCCGUGAACUUCGACUCCGCCACAAGCCUUGUCCCUCGCUCUGCUACUCUCUUCGUAUCCCGGAAUAAAUAUAGAAGGUUAACGGACAAUUUAGUUGGACGAAGGUGCGAUGGAAGGUUCAGAAACGGAAAUGGAAUAAGAGCGAUGGCUAAAGAGCUGUCAAGCUCGGGUCCGGUGAAGCAGAAUGCUAAGCCACAGAGGUAUCACCCGUCGGAGGACAUUGCAGAGUCAGAAAUAAUGAUGAAUGAGGCGACCAGACUUACGCCAGCUGAAACUUCUCGUACUAUAAUUGAGAUGAAUAGCAAAGCGACACUGAUGUUUUCUGGUUUUGUGAGCGAUGAAAUUCACGAGGACAUUUUCUGGCCAGAUUUACCUUAUGUAACUGAUGAGUAUGGAAAUGUAUACUUUCAAGUGAAGAAUGAUGAAGAUGUUUUGCAAGCUCUAACUUCUGAGGAAACCAUCGUGCAAGUCAUUAUUGGACUAGAUACAGCAGAAAUAAUCAGUGAGAUGGAGGCAUUAGGUCAUGCAGAAACCCAUUUUGGCAUAGACGAGCUUGAUGAUGAUGAUAGCGAUUUUGAUGAUGAGGACAAUGAUGAAGAUAGCGAUGGUGGUGAAGAGGAUGAUAAUCAUGAAAAGGAAUGGGUUGCCAUUCUUGAUGAUGACGAAGACCAGGAUGAGGAAUCUGAUGGAUCACUAGGGGACUGGGCUAAACUGGAGACAAUGCAAUCUUCUCAUCCUAUGUAUUUUGCCAAAAGGUUAACUGAGGUUGUAUCAGAUGAUCCCAUAGAUUUUAUGGAACAGCCUUCUGCUGGUCUUGCUAUACAAGGCCUUCUAAGACCUUCAUUAAUGGAAGAACACUCCAUCAUCCAGAAGCAUAUAUCUGGCCAUCUGUCAAGCAAUGCCGAUGUAAAUCAGAUUGCCAAAGAACAAAAGCCAGGAGGCAUUGUUCAGAUCAACGGCCAUAAACAUGAAAAGGAACCAGCUCAAAAAAUCCCAACUUGGGCAGAGGAAUUGGAGAACGAUAAAAGUCUUGGAAAUGGAAUUUCAUUUUACAAGCUAGAGAUGAUUAAAAUUCAGUUAGUUUCAGUACAAGGAGAUGAGAGCUUCGUUGAGAUAGAAGAUUUUCGCAGAGCCCGACCUGAUGCAAUAGCACAUUCAGCUGCAAAAAUUAUAUCUCGUCUUAAAGCUGGUGGAGAAAAGACCACGCAAGCCCUUAAAUCUUUGUGUUGGAGAUGCAUGGGUAUUCAAGUACAGGAGGUAUCUCUUAUAGGCGUGGAUAGCCUUGGUUUUGAAUUGAGAGUUUGCUCAGGAACACAAGUGCAGACAUUACGCUUUGCAUUUAAGAAACGGGCCUCUUCAGAGUAUAGUGCUGAAAGACAACUGAAUGAUCUACUAUUUGCAAGAUCCCACAAGUAUCAACAAAAGAAAGAAACUCAACAGACUGAAUCGUAGCACGUUGUAAAUUCGGGUAACUUCUGUAUGUUUAUGCUGUGCAUGCAGUCCCAAAAAUGUACAUAGCGUGCAGUAAAUUCUUGCUUCAUUCCAGAUUAUUUAUUCCUUGACUUCAAGCUUAUAAUUAUGGACGUUUGUGCUCUCUAUUUUCUCUUUUUCUUUUCGAGCCUUGCUGUAUAGUUUCACUUUCUUGGCGAAUGUGAUGUUUUUAUAUCUU